AUGUCUGUCAACAGCAACCCCGCGUCCGUCGCUGGCCCCAACCAGGGCGAGUUCCACCCCAGGGUGCCUGGGUCUGAGCCCCUUACCACCAAAGGCCACGCCCCGGGAACCCUAGUCGGCAACGACGCGAAGCCUGAGUUCCACGCCGAGACGCACCCUGCCGGCACUGCCCCCUCCAAGGAUGCCUACAAGCCGGAUCCUUCCUCCGAGACCAUCCCCGGCCAGCCCCCCAAGGCCUCAGACACCCUCGGCGGCGCCACCAGCGCGGAUGUCCACGCCGGUCUCGGCCACCCUGGUGCCGGCAUGACGAGCCAGGAGCUGCACGGCGGCAAGAGGAAGUCAGACGGCAGCGGGCUCGAGAGUGUCGGGGCCAGCUCUAUCGACCCUAUCCGUCAGCAGCGUGCCGAUGUCAGCGUGCAGCCUGACUCCCGGGGUAAGACGGGCAACCCGUCUGAUAUCACUCCGGCGCAGGACAAGAUUCCCACGUCCGCGGAGACGGUGGCUGCUAUGCACAAAUAA